AGGAAGCUGCUUAAUCAUCGUGAGGCGAGAGGCCGGGAAAAUCGUUGACCCUCACUCAUCCUUCGGAUUUUCCUUUACAUGUUUACAUAAUUUGUCAAAUUGUCACGAUCUGCUGUUGCAGAACUGGUGCUAUUAAAGGGUCGAUUGCUGUCCUCGAAGGCUUCGCGAUGUGUCCUUCGUCGUCGUGUUGUGUAUGUUGUGUCAGGAGAGUCGCUUUUCACGCCUUGCCCCUUUUCGGCCCCUUUUCGGACGUGUUUACGUGCUGUGUAGAACCACCGCCCAAUGGAGUCUAGCGACACCGGGAUCUCCACGAAUCGGCUUGACGAUGAGAAAGCUCUCCCUCUCUCUGAGCCAAAUGAACCGGAGGAAAAGAGAGCUAUGACCGGCUUCCGCUGGUUUGCCUUCGUCGUCAGCACGUUGACCGCCAUCUUCGUCUAUGCGCUUGACAACACCGUCGUCGCCAACAUUAUUCCCGUCAUUGUCAACGAUCUCAACGGCGUCGAGAAGCUCCCAUGGCUGUCUGUCGGGUUCAUGAUCGGCGGCCUGGCUGUUAUCCUCCCGAUGGGUAAACUCUACGCCACCUACGAUCCCAAAUGGGUCUACAUCGUUUCGUUUGUGAUCUUCCUCGCCGCGUCUGCCCUCUGCGGCGCGGCCCCGACCAUCGAGGCCGAAAUCGUUGGGCGUGUCCUCGCCGGCGCCGGGGGCAACGGCAUAUACUACGGCCUGCUGGCGCUGCUGUCCAUGCACACCACCGCCAAGGAGCGCCCGCAGUAUCUCAGCUACACCGGUCUCGUCUGGGGUCUCGGCACUGUUCUCGGCCCCGUGGUCGGCGGCGGCUUCGCCCUGUGGAACUGGCGGUGGGGGUUCUACAUCAACCUGCUCUUCGGUGCCGUCCUCCUGCCCGCCUACCUCCUGGUGAUCCCCUCCACAUCCGUCAUGCCCGACAAGAACCAGUGGCAGAAGAUUGCGAUGCUCGACUGGGCCGGUAUCCUCCUCAGCGUCGGCGCCAUGGUGACUCUCGUCGUUGCCAUCAACUUCGGCGGCGUUGACUGGGCCUGGGACAGCGGCGCGAGCAUCGCCCUCUUUGUCGUGUCCGGCGUCCUCUGGAUUGUCUUUGGUGUCCAGCAGUCCUUCUGCAUCUGGACCAGCCAAGGGCAGCGCCUCUUCCCCCUGCAUCUGCUGCGGCAGAAGAUGCCCGUGCUUCUGUUCGUGGCCUGCGCUUCGGUAGCAUGCGUCGCCUAUACCUCGGUGUACUACAUCCCGCUCUACUUCCAGUUCACUCGGGGUGACUCGGCCAUUUACACUGCCGUCCGGCUGCUGCCGUAUAUCUGCGUCCUCAUCACCGCUAUGCCUCUGAGCGGCUGGUAUCUGUCGACGUACGGUUGGUACAAACCGCUCUAUAUAGGCGGAAGCUUGGUGGCACUUAUCACCUCUGCACUUAUGGCUCACUACGUCGAACGUGAGACCGCCGUCGGCGUCUUCUACGUUAUCGAGCUGUUUUUGGGCGGCAGCACUGGUGCCUACACGCAGUCCUCCUUUGCUGUCAUACAAUCCGUUCUCCCACCGGAGGAAGCUCCGAACGGUAUUGCCCUGAUGCUAAUUUCCCAACUCGGAGGCAUGACCCUGGGCCUCUCCAUCAGCGGCGCCGUCUUCGUCAACACGGCUGUGAACAACCUCGAAUCAGCCCUGAGCCUUCCCCGCGACCAGAUCUCGCAGCUCGUUGCUGGCGCCUCGAAUCACGUUCUUGAGACCCUGUCGCCGGCCAUGCGUACCCUGACCCUGGACAUCAUUGUCGCGUCGUGGCAGAAAGCCUUCAUCAUCAUCUAUGUCGGCGCAGCGGCCAGUCUCGUGGUGGCCAUUUUCUUCCGCAACGGGAAAGCCAAUGUUGUGGCUGCGGGGGGUCUCUGAACAAGUCCCAUUUCCAAGGCAAAAUCUAGCAUAUUGACAGCUUAUUGAGCUAUGUAGCCUUUUCUACAUUUGCGUCAAUGUUAAUUCUAUAUAGCUCUCCCCUUUGGUUGCAAGAUCCUUGUACAGCUGCAGCCACGUAGCUUGUUUAGAGCGUGUCCGCUAAUAUAUGGUGGAAGUCCUGCAAACGGGCCUUGCUGGUGAAAUGGCGGAGCCCGUAUGUGGAACUAAGGCCUACCUUUAGCCCAGCAAGUCCAUCUAUACUCACUGUUUUCAAGAGGACAAGGUCGGCCCGGAUCUGUCGGUCUCCCUGGGCGUUGGCGACGAGGAUGUUGCUGAGGGAUGGCAGAGAGCGCCGGUCGUCAACCACUAAGUUCCUUGCCCUCGUUGUAUUCCA